GAUGACUGCCUUCUUUAAGACGCUUCGAAAUCAUUGGAAGAAAACUACAGCUGGGCUCUGCUUGCUGACAUGGGGAGGUCACUGGCUCUAUGGAAAGCACUGUGAUAACCUGCUAAGAAGAGCAGCCUGUCAAGAAGCUCAGGUAUUUGGCAACCAGCUCAUUCCUCCCAAUGCACAAGUGAAGAAAGCCACAGUCUUUCUCAACCCUGCAGCUUGCAAAGGCAAAGCCAGAACUCUAUUUGAAAAAAAUGCUGCCCCAAUUUUACACCUCUCUGGCAUGGAUGUGACUGUCGUCAAGACAGAUUAUGAAGGACAAGCCAAGAAGCUCCUAGAACUGAUGGAAGGCACAGAUGUGAUCAUCGUUGCUGGAGGAGAUGGGACUCUGCAGGAGGUUGUUACUGGAGUACUUCGAAGAACAGAUGAGGCUACCUUCAGUAAGAUUCCAAUUGGAUUUAUCCCGCUGGGACAGACCAGUAGUUUGAGUCACACCCUCUUUGCCGAAAGCGGAAACAGAGUCCAACACAUUAUAGAUGCCACACUUGCCAUUGUGAAAGGAGAGACAGUUCCACUUGAUGUCUUGCAGAUCAAGGGUGAAAAAGAACAACCUGUGUAUGCAAUGACUGGCCUCCGGUGGGGAUCCUUCCGAGAUGCUGGCGUCAAAGUUAGCAAGUAUUGGUAUCUUGGUCCACUGAAAAUCAAAGCAGCCCACUUUUUCAGCACUCUUCAGGAGUGGCCUCAGAUGCAUCAGGCCUCCAUCUCUUACACGGGACCUACAGAGAGACCUCCCAGUGAGCCAGAAGAGACCCCUCCCCGCCCUUCUCUGUACAGGAGAAUAUUGCGCAGGCUUGCCUCAUUCUGGGCACAGCCACAGGAUGCCUUCUCCCAAGACGUGACCCCAGCAGUCUGGAACGAUAAACAACUGUCCACCAUUGAACUGUCUAUCACAACUCGAAACAGCCAACUUGACCUGAUGAGCAAAGAGGACUUUAUGAACAUUUGCAUUGAGCCUGACACUGUCAGCAAAGGAGAUUUCAUAACCAUAGGAAGUAAGAAGGUGAGAGACCCUGGCCUGCGUGCGGCUGGUACUGAGUGUCUCCAAGCCAGCCACUGCUCUCUGGUUCUUCCUGAGGGAACCGAAGGCUCUUUCAGCAUUGACAGCGAGGAGUAUGAAGCCAUGCCUGUGGAGGUCAAACUACUGCCCAGGAAACUGCAGUUCUUCUGUGAUCCCAGGAAGAGAGCGCAAAUGCUGCAGAGCACAUCCCAGUGAGCUGGCAGCACAGAGGGCAUUCCCAGGCUGCACCCUCAAGCCUCCAGUGGGACCACAAGCGGAUGAAUGUGUUUCAUCCAUCCCCAGAGUGUCACAGGAUCCCAAGGGAUUUUCAUGCCAAGUACCCCAGACCCUUCCUAUAGUGCUCCCUAAAGCCUAUGCCCUGUCGCCCAGUGCUUAGCAUUCUGUUCAUCCUUGUGUUCCCUGUGUUGUGGUAGUUGAUCCCUCCUACCCAGCAGCUGUCUCAGGCUGGUUCAAGGAUGUUCUUGCAUUCAGUGAGUUGGAAAGGGCUGGAAUUCUGUAACUGGCCCACAGUGGAGAGUGGAAUCUGUCCCAAUUCUCUGACUGUCCUAGGGCAUCCAAGGAAAGCAGCUGCCACCUUCAGGUGCCUCUCCCGUUCUGGCUCUCAUGGGUGCUGCCCCUUCAUGAGCACUCUGCUUUGCUUGCUUGUCUCAGUCUGGAAGCAAAUGUGAAGUUGUUCCCUCUUCAGCCAUGGCUAUCGUAUUGUAAAAUGUUGUAA